CGCACCUUGCUAGAACCAACAGGGAGUAAUACAUUCAAACAAACUAACAAUCAAGAUGUUGAAGAUAGUCUUUCUGAUUGCCUUGCAGUACUUGACAUGGACUGAUGCCCAGACUAUGUUGUGUGAAUGUGCUCUCUAUCAGGCUGAUGGGUUUCUCCUCCAUAUUGAACCACAGUUGUAUUUUCUUGGCCAGGAGGAUGUAGUAGUAGGAUCAGAAUGCAACUCUGGUGAUCUCACAGUUUGUGAUCAAGCGUGUCGCAAGUACGUCAUAGAUGAAACAAGCGCUUACACUUUUGAUACCUUUCUCCCUGAUGUGAAUAACACAGCAGGGGACCAUAUGUGUAGCAUUACUGGACCAAUCCCAAGCCCAGGUGUGCCAGUGCAUGGUUUCUCCCGCAUGAAAGAUUGCGUCAUCCUUGGUAUAUGGGGAUCAGAUGAUUGGUUCACAUUUGAAGACGCGCAGUUUGAUCUUCCAAACAAUCUCUGCUGCGAUUCGUCAAACAACCAAUUUUAUUGUUAA